AAUGGAUUCAAGUGUCACCAAACGAAGAAUAUAUCUAUUUUUUCUAAUUUUCUUUUCUCUCUGUUUUUCAACUCCCUCGUGGGUCCGGCGCACCACACUCCCCUACACCCCACAGCACGCAAUUAUUAUUUAUCAAAAAAUAUCAAACCAUCUUGUUCAACUGUUCAAGUAUUGCGCGUGCCAUCAACACGAAUUAAAAAAAAAAAUGGCAAGAGGAGGAGGAGCAGGGGAUCACCAUAGGUACUGCUACAGAGAAUUAGUGCCCUUCACGGCGUUGGUAGCUAUGGAAUGCACCAACGUGGGCCUCAACACUCUGUUCAAGUUCGCCACGCGCCACCAAAUGAGCCGCCACGUGUUCCUCGUCUACGCCUACGCCGUGGCAGCGCUGGUCCUCGUCCCAUCUCCGUUCUUUGCCCGCCGAUCAAGGGCUUUGCCCUCGUUGAAUUUCUCCAUUAUGCUCAAGAUUUUUCUCCUCGGUAUUGUCGGGUAUGCGUCGCAAAUAAUGGGCUAUACUGGUAUUAAUUACGGCUCUCCCACACUUGCUUCCGCCAUGAGCAACUUAGCUCCAGCUUUUACUUUUGUGCUUGCUAUCAUUUUCAGAAUGGAAAAGGUAACGUUAUCGAGCACGAGUAGCCGUGCCAAAAUUGUUGGCACGAUCGUUUCGAUAACAGGGGCAUUUAUCGUUACAUUUUACAAAGGCCCGAGCAUUAGUGCCACUCAAUCCACUCAUCCUAUUUCGCUCAAUCAAUCCCUUUACUCUUCACAAUCCAACUGGAUUAUCGGCAGCCUUUUUCUGUCGGUCGAAUAUCUUCUUGUGCCCGUGUGGUACAUUAUUCAGGCACAUAUUAUGAAAGAAUACCCUGCAGAGUUGACGGUUGUCUUCUUCUACACAUCGUGCGUGAGCAUUCUAGCUGCAAUUGUCGGGCUUUUCGCAGAGCCCGAUUCAAGUAAAUGGAAAAUCGGGCCCAAUGUAGCAUUGGUAUCCGUAUUGUGUUCGGGUCUUUUCGGUUGUUGCAUUAACAAUGCCGUCCACACGUGGGCCCUGCAUUUGAGGGGGCCCGUUUACGUAGCCAUCAUAAUCGGGGCAGCAAUAAUAGCCAUCGGAUUUUACACGGUAAUGUGGGGCAAGACAAAAGAGGAGUAUUAUUUCGAAUUCGAUGUCGAUUAUUCCGAUGACUUGGAGUCGUCGGCCGAGACGAAAAGGCAUCCCUUGUUACAAAGCUACAAAAACAGAGGUAGCACAAAAGAAGGGAAUUAACAACUAUCUAUAGAUAAUUACUAGUAUUUUUAAGUGUAUAAUUGUAAUUGGAAAUUUGUCCAUAAUAAUGGAUCAACACAAGAUUAUUAUAAAACAUGUAUAGUUUUGCAUUCAGUCUAUAUAGUUUGAGAUUGUAAGUAAAAUGAGUAGCUGCAAGAAUGUGUGAGGUUUAAAAGUGAGGCCAAAGGUUACACAAGAAAUGGUAAAUAAUUUGCAUACUUAAAUA